AUGUCUAAAUACCCUCAUCAUAUUGCCCUCCUGGGCGCUGGCACCAUUGGUCUGUCAAUGCUAGCCAUGCACCUCCGACGCCCCGAUACUCGCGUAACAGUCUUCGACCCGCGACCCGAUGCCGAAGACCAACUCCGCGCACAACUCCCCUCAUUCCUCGAUUCUUCACAAUAUACCUCCUCCAAUUCCAAUCCAACUUCUUCUUUACAUGAUUUAUCGUCAGAUACCCUCAUCGACACUCUCAUCUCCACAAACCGCCUCCGCCUAGCAUCCUCCAUCCACGAAACGAUCCAAAAUGCAACCAUCAUCCAGGAACAAACCCCCGAACUGCUCUCCUCCAAGCAAGCCCUCUGGGCCGAGGUGACUCGCUCCGCAAACAUAAACGCCCACCUCUGGAGUAGUUCAUCCGGUAUUCCCGCCUCAGCGCAGGCGGCGACAUGCACAGCCGACGUACAAGCAAGACUCCUCAUCGCCCACCCAUUCAAUCCCCCACACAUCAUGCCUCUCAUUGAGGUAGUGCCUAGCCCAAACACAGCACCAGACCGAGUGACCUUUGUCCAGGAGUAUUUCAAGGCUAUUCCAGGACCAAGAGCGGGACAAUCGUACAGCAUUACAUCUCAAACCCCUUCAACAUCAGCAUCAGCAUCAUCACAACAUUACCGCCCGGUCACUCUCCAAAAAGAAAUCCCCGGCUUUGUCGGAAAUAGACUCGCUUUCGCCCUUCUCCGUGAAGCAUGCUACCUUGUCGGCGAAGGCGUAGUCUCAGCCCGUGAUCUUGACGCAAUCGUCACAUCCAGUCUGGGUCCCCGCUGGGCUGGUAGCGGCGUGUUUGAAAGUUAUCAUGCUGGCGGUGGGGAAGGUGGGAUAGGUGCGUUUUUGGAGAAGUUAGCGCCGACGGUGAAAGAUGUUUGGGGGCAGUUGGGGCAGCCGGUUAUUUUGACGGAGGAGGAGAGGGAAAUAAUGAGUCGGGAUGAUAGUGAAGGGAGAGAUCAGGAGAAGUGGAGGGAGACGGUUGUUAAGCAGACAGAGGAGGCGUACGGGGUGGGGAUAUCGGCGGAGACGAGGGCGAAGAAGGUGAAGAUGUUGAAUGGGGUGUUGGAGAUGCAGAAGGAGUGUUUUGGAGAGUUGUAG